CAGAUGGACACGCGCGUUCGUCCUAGCGUUAAUCCCGUGCCGCCCCCUCUGCUGUGCGCACGCCCAUUUGAAAUCCCCACCAACACCUCCUUCCUUCCGCCAGAGUUCUCGGAGCAGAGCAGCGCAGAGCGGGGCAGGGGUUUCGCAGCGCACCACCGUCCAGGUGUCGUCGUCUAGGAGGAGGGAGGGGAGGGGCGGGCGGCCUGGAUCGACGAGAUGCACGCGUGCUUCCAUGGCGGCGGCGGCGGCGGCAGCGGCAGGACCAAGACCAUCAGCAUCAUCAGGGACCUCACCAAGAACAUGAAGUCCAUGUCGCUCAAGAUGAAGGCGGGCGGCGGCGGGGGCAACGCGCGGGCGAGGCGACGGCGGCGGAAAGGGGCGGAGGGGGAGGAGGACCUGGAGCCGCAGGACAAGGACGUCGCGGCGGCGUCCGCGUCCGCCAAGAUCGCGCCGGAGGAGCGAGAGGGGAAGACGCGUGCGCCAUGCGACCGGUGCCGCUCCGGCCUCGAAGACGUCCCCGAGGAGGGGGGAGAGGAGGAGGCGGCGGCGGCGGCGGACCAUACGACCGGGGAGGAGCAGAGCGACGGCGAGUGGGUGGCGGAGCCGGAGCCCGGGGUGCUGAUGACGCUGGUGUCGCGCCCCGACGGCACCAACCACCUCCGCAAGCUGAGGUUCCGGGAGGAGCUGUUCGACGGGCCCCGGGCGGCGCAGCGCUGGUGGGCGGACAACUACGACAGCAUCGUCGAGCUCUACAGCAUCGUGCAAUCCACCGGAUGGUCGCACGAGGAGGAGGACGCUGAGGACGGCAUCGACGACGACGAGCCCGCGACGCCAUGCCAGUCCGAGGACGACCACCACCAGCCGCGGCGGUGGCCGCGUCUGGGGUGCGAUUCGGCUUCCACCUCGGCCGGCCCGUCCAGCGGAAGCGGAAGCGGCAGCGGCAGCGGCGGUGGGUCGGCCAGCACCGUGGGCUCGCCCAUACUGGGCCUCGUCGUCGCCACGCCUCCUAACAACAGUGGCAGCAGGGGUGAGAGAGGCCCAGGCCAAGCACAAUCACACAAACACAAGUGUCGUUCCUUGCACAUAAAUUAGACAGGAAUGAUUAUUAUUUUUAGGGUUUUCUCCGGUCUGUCGUGUCCAUCAUCUUACAGAAGCAGGCUUGGGCACGGGUUUAACAACUUUUGUUUAUACUGAUUCACUGGUUUUCUACGGUAGCUCGGUGGACAUGUCGUCCUGCUUGUGCAUGUGCCAUGCCUUCCCCCUGAAGACGUCAUUUUCAUUUGUAUUCGAUACUUUCUGCAAGGCUGUAAACAACGGCCAGGCAUUUUCCUGCAAGGGCUGGCUUGAGCAGUUGGAGCAGUAAAGAUCGGCUAUGGCCUAUUGAUGGAACGUUUUUGUAUAAUGACAAAAAUGUUUAAUUC